AUGAGAUAUAUAAUUUUAUAUAUUGCACUAAACUUGAUAACUUUAAUUGUAUCUAGUUAUACCAGCAGCUUUAAUGAAAUUUUGUUAGAAAUAUUGAAAUUCAAGGAUGAAAUAGUGACAAAUAGAAGGCAUCUACAUAGCUUCCCUGAAUUGGCAUUUCAAGAAUUCAUUACAUCAUCUUAUAUUCAGAAAUGUUUGAAGAGUUUAAAUAUAAAAUUUGCAGUUGGAUUUGCUGGCACAGGCAUUGUAGCAGAAAUAGGUAGUGGUUUACCGUGUGUUGGGUUGAGAGCUGAUAUAGAUGGUCUACCAAUACAAGAAAGUACUGAUGUAAGUUACAAGUCACAAAUAGUUGGACAAAUGCAUGCAUGUGGACAUGACGGUCAUACUGCAAUGUUACUAGGUGCUGCAAAGUAUCUGAAACAAAAUGAACAUAAUAUAAAGGGUACUGUUCGUCUUUUAUUUCAGCCUGCGGAAGAGGGUUUUGGAGGAGCUAUUAAUAUGACUGCAGAUGGAGCACUACAUUGCAAUGUAUUUAAGGCAGGAGAUAUCAAUGACUCAACUGGAAUUGUCGAAUCUAUAUUUGGUUUACACUUAAACCCUUUUUAUCCCUCAGGUUAUAUAUUAAGUAAACCAGGUAUCCUUUUAAGUGCUUGUAUUUCAUUUCAUAUAGUGAUCAAAGGGAUCGGUGGUCAUGCCUCUUUACCUGCAAUAUCAAGGGAUCCGAUUACAGCUGCAAUUGCAAUGAUUCAAGCGAUUAAUAUGAUCUCUGCGAAGGAAACUCAACUCCCAUCUCUAAAUAAAGAAGUGGAUGUUGGUGUGAUAUCGAUAACUAAAAUUAACUCAGGAACAGCUUGCAAUGUUAUUCCAGAAAUUGCAGAAUUCGGAGGGACAAUUAGAUCCUACAGUUGGGAUACUCUAAAUAAAUUUGAGGAAAGGAUUAAAACAAUAACUUCGUCUCUUGCAAUUGCAUACAGAUGUGAGGCUGAGUACUCAAGAACUGAGCCGCCUUUUGCUCCAACAAUUAAUGAUGAAGAUCUGUUUAACUGGGCUAAUAACAUUAAUGGUAUUAAAAUUCGCGAAGUUGAAUCUACCUUUGGAUCUGAGGAUUUUGGUUAUUAUUCAUUUAAUACAAAAACUUUAUUUCUAUAUCUUGGACAGGGUGACUUUAAUAAUACAAGGUUUGGAUUGCACAAUCCUAUGUUCAAUAUUGACGAAAAUGUACUUCCAAUUGGUGCUGCUCUCCAUUCGUUCUUUGCAAUGGAGCGUUUGAAAUACCUUCAUUCUAAUAACUAUCAAUCUAAGAAUGAAGAAUUAUGA